AUGGCCUCGUCGAAGGAGUUUAAAGAGGGUGAUUUGAUAUGGGCAAAGAUGAAAGGAUUCCCGCCAUGGCCGGCUAGAGUACUUGGCUCUGACUCGUCCGAUGUGAUUCCCGGUCGGGUGAAAGUGAUGUUCUUUGGGACAGGAGACACAGCAUUCAUGAAAACAUCGGACAUGUUCGAUUAUAAAGAGUAUAGAAGUCAGUUCGAGGUGCCAAGGAAACAGCAUAAGGACUUCAAAAAAGCUGUCGAUGAGGUUCGAAUGGAGGCCGGAUUUCCGGUAUUGGGGGAUUCGAUGGCUUCAACGUCGAGAGAAGGAGAGCUUCCAUCUACAGCACACUACAUUCCUGGUGGUCGAAGUCGUCUGAGUUCUUCAAAAGUCUACAAAGAUGUGUAUCUCUUUGAAAGGAAAAGAACACUCAGUGAUGGGACAAGUGGAAGCAAUAAAUCCCGUUCGCGUGCGUCGAGUGUGGCCUCGAUGCUGAAACAGUUGAAAGAUGCGGCUAAGAGAAGAAAACCGGGAAGUGAGAGCUCAAAUGGCAGCAAACAUCACCGACUCAUCUCAGGCAUUUCGGGCAUCUGCGAGAAAGAGCUUUUCGAUAAUUUUCUAGCGCCUUUUCAAUCAGAGUUACCAAUUCUCGACGGGGACAUUCAGUUGAAUUCGAUUAUGGGCGAUGCAGCGAGUCGGAAAUCGGGCAGAUCCCGAGCCUCAUCAAGCAUUUUCCACGAAUAUUUUAAUCGAGCGAGGCACCGGAGUGGCGGAUCGCAGAGUGAGAGAAACAGAACCCGAACCAUUUCGGGAAUGUCCGAGAUUUUGGAGGAUCUACUCGACCCGAAUUCGAAAUUUACACCAGAAGAUUUCCUAAAUGUUCUCAAUACAAUGUCUUCGGGAGAAAGUGAUGAUGAGCAAUCAGGCACCCUUGAGCAUCCGACGCCACAGAAGCGGUGUUUUGAGUGCAACAGCGAGUGUCAGCUGUACGGAGUGAAAUGGAGAUGCACAAACAAACCUUGCCUCAAGUGGAAUGGGGUGAACACGGCGGUGGAGAGCGAGAUCAAUGGAAGCGCCGCUCGGCCGCAAAACUCUCGCUUCGACGAUGAGGAGUUGAGAGCCACCGCUGGUAUCAUGUCCCCACACAGCACUCGAUCUGGUGACGAUCAUUUGGAGAAAAGCGUCAAUUUGUACAAAUCGACAACGAAAAAGUUAAAGAGUCGAAAACAAGAGGCGCUGACGCUUGAGAAUUUGGACGACACCCUUCCGCCAUCGCCCGACAAAUCAUCGAUCGCUCAUCUACCGAAGAGAGAUCGUUCACCAAUCAAAAGCGCUGAUCGAGACUAUUUCCCGCAUCAAACGCGCUCAAAACACGAGAUCGACGAUCGGAAAAAGAAGAAAGACACCGAGAGAAAGAUUCAGAGGAUGAGCCCGGCGGCGAGUCCACCCGGACGUCCCCGAGGCCGGCCCCCAAAGCAUACAAAAGAAGAGAAACCAUCACCAGCCAAGCCCAAAACAUACAAAGUCGAGAAAACGCCGCCGAUUGGUGCGAGUGGAGCGCGCGAGUGCAUUUUCUGUAAAGGACAAGUGCGGCCACAAAUGUGCGGUGGAAGUAAGCACAGAUGGCGAUGCGUGGAUAAGAAAUGUCGAAAAUGGUAUGGAUGGGUGCGAGCGCAUGAAAUCGUUCCUGAAGUCACGGGGAAACGAAGGAUUUUAGACGAUAAAGACACCACUGCGCACUACAAAAGCGAGGAACCGCCAAUCGCUGAGAAUGGAUCGCCAUAUAAAAGCCUGGGUAAAGCGAAAAAGGAUUUUGGGCUUAAAAUUCGCCUAAAAAACUCGAUGAAAAGAGGAAUGGUGUUCAAAAUUGGCGGUGAAGCUGAGAGAAUCAAAAGAAAAUACACGAGAAGAAGGGAUUUGGAUUUCGAAGGGUUUUCGACGAAAAGAGAACCGCCAUCACCGCUAACCGAUCGUCAAAUGAGUUUUCAUGCGUCAGCGAUGGAGCGGAGAUCCCGUUGGUGGACUGGAGAGAAAAGAAGGGUUGAUGUCAGUCCGACAAGGGAGUUUCGAACGGGCAUCAAUGACAUUGCCGCCUCUUUCCGAAUCAUGGCACACUCAAUGCGAUCAGCGGCGGUGACACGUGCUGAUGAGCCGGGAACAGUUUCCGGGACUCUUGACCUACUAAUGGAUUCUCUUAUGGCCUCUUUACCGCCGUUAUUUAGUCUGCUACAAAAUGUGCCCAAGCUCAAACAAGAGCCUGAAGUGUUGCAAAGGAUAUGGAACGCCUCAUCGAUUCACACACCGAUAUUCCAA